AUGCCUAAAUCCGAUGAUCCUGAAAGCCAUAACAAACCAUGCACUCUUUGCGGAACGCCUCGUCAAGUUCUCGUUAGGUGCCAGAUAGAUGAGAGUGCACAGUGGCACUUCGUCUGUCCUGGCAAAUGCUGGAAAUCGGUAUCUGGAGGCGUUGAGGACGCCAAAGGGUUCGAGGCUGAGCAUCCAUAUUAUAGAUAUGGUGGCAUGUGGAAAAACAAACACGCAGAUGGGCCGUUGAGCGCAAAGAAGCCGAAGAAAGUUAAAGAUCGGCAGAAGCUCGACAGAGCUGAACGCGGUGACGGUGGAUCAGCAGAAGCAACCGCAUCCGAGGAGGAGACGAAUGUUGUGGUACAGCCUCAAGGGCAAGAAGCGCAGCGGCAUUAA